AUGUCCAGAAUGCUCACUAUCCCCAACAAAAUAUCUCCAAUACAAUCAAGGGGCGCUAAGAUAUGGGCUCGUAGUGUUCGUCAAAUUGACGCACUUGGCGCUCUGUCGAAAAAUGAGAUGACUCAUGUUCAUUCGAUUGUCCGACGUCACCUUCGAGUGUUGAUGUGUCGGGACUCGGAGGCAUCACCCAUCCCACCAACCCUGUCAGCGCACGAGCAAAAGGAUAUGCUUGAACGCUUCCCAGAAGGACAACCACUCCCUCACGGGACUUCUAUGCCAAUGAUCGAUGUGACCGACUUCGAGAAAACCGGUGUUCACCUGAGCCCACACCGUUUCGAAGACCUUGAAUUAGAGCUAAAGCGCUGGGGCCUUCGACGAUUCUCAUUCAAAUGGGAGGCGGAUUUAGAAGAACGCGUGAACGUUCUGGCCCAGGGUAUCUUCUGGAACUCCUUCUACAAUGCGAUAAAAAAUCGCUAUUACAACUUCUCCGUCCACCAAGAUAUUCUCAGACUCGAGAUCAUCAUGCCAGUCUUCAAGACCCAGUUCAAGCGCUUGUCGUUUAUGUAUCACGAACAAUGCAGCAAUAACAAAAUCCUUGAUGGACAUUAUAAAUUAGCCGAAAAAAAGAAGAUCUUCAAGGAAUAUGCGGAUUACUUGAUCAAAUGCGGCGCUGCAAGACCGUUGGCGUCGAUCUUCCAACCACGAAAUUACCUGAUCAUGGGUGAUAUCGCUGAAGUCCAAUUAAUGUCUAGUGGCUAUCCUGCUAGGGAAGUACACUAUGUCAUACCUCGAUGGUGGUCAGAGCAAAUGAUUGCCUUCAUCAAAGCUAUCGAGGCGCGCGUUCACUUUGCUGCUCAGUCUCGCAAUGCGGAUCCUCAAAAACGUCGUUCUGCUUGUAAAUUCAUCUCGAGCUCUUCGAAUGAAUACGGGUUCAUACCUCGUCAUCUGCCUGCCGACAUGUACUCUGAGGAACUCAAAAACUCGCUACCUAUUGGAGACCUAUGGGAGCUCAAAAUGAAGCCUUCGGUGUUGCCUGCCGUGGGUGCUAUGGACCAGAUCUUUCCGGGUGACGCAGGCGAGCUUGUGCAACACUCUUUGGACGGAGUCGACAACGAGCAAUACACUAGUGACGACGAUAUUUCUGAUGACGAGAUUUACGACAUCCACACCGACCAGAACUUCGAAACCUCAUAUUCCAUCAUCACUAAACUUGAAGAUUUUGAGUCUCGCGUCCAGACUCAGAUUUCCACUUUACGAGGAGACUUAGACGAUUCUAUCAAGAAGUUUUCCAAUCUCACCACCGAAUUGAACGGCUUGGUCCCCUUGCGCUUGGAAGAAUUGAAUAAAGCAAAAGAUGACAUUACAAACCUCUACAAUAAGCUCGGGGCUGUGCAAGGAAAGUUAGGAAUUGCCGAAGAGGGAAAUUUGUCGAAUGAUGCAGCUGAAGCUGCAGGUCCCGCCGUGCAAUCACAAGUCUGA